AUGAAAAGCGCUAUAAUUGGAUACAUGGCCGUGGCUGUGGCCGCAGCCUCCUGUCAGUUCACUGUCGACAGCAAAAACUACGAUCUGUCCGCCAUCUCCGGCCCCAAAUCGGUCGAAUACACCAUAGAGACGCCUCCGUCGAAGCGCAAGAUGGAGUUUGUGCUCGAUCCGUGCGCGUCUCUCAAACAGGAUAAGAAGAAACCUGCGGACGAGCAGUGUCCGGAUAACACCAUUGUGUGCGGGUUGGGCUACAUCUUGCUGCCCAAGGAGAAGGAUUUCGUUCUGUCUGAGGUGAUGCCGUUCGGCAACGGUCCUGCUCCUCAGUACCAGCCUUUGAAAACAGGCCCGGAGGGAACAGAGGGCCUUUCUACAUCGUACGGAAACCCCUGGGGUAGUGAGAAACUGGAUAUCGACGUCAACUACAUCUGUUCGGAUAAGGAGGAGGGCCCCAAGCUCGAGAACGUGGGAUUGGGUCUCAACAACUACUACGAAAUCAACUGGAAGACUCCCGCAGCUUGCAUCAACGACGGAUCCAAGCCCAAGCAGCCCGUCAAGGAGCCCGGAAAGACCCCCAAUGAUGGGGACGACGCCAGCAACGGAAACCCAUCGUGGGGAUGGUUCACCUGGCUCUUCAUCAUCAUUGUACUGGGAGUGGCGGUAUACAUCAUUGGCAACGCCUGGAUCAACUAUGAUCGAUACGGCAACGCUGGUGUCGACCUUCUUCCCCAUGCCGAUUCCCUAAGAGAUGUCCCCUACCUGAUCCGAGAUCUGAUUGCCAAGGUGGUGGGUACUUUUACCGGCAGCAGUCGAACUGGUUACUCGGCCGUUUAA